CGUGACUGCAAGUAAGUCGAAAAAUAUCGCUGUAAAUGCGGACAGAAGCUGAAUUGUUGAAUAUUUUGCAGUGCAUUAUGCCCGAUGAAAUGUCGAGGCCUUUAAUCCGAGGCAGAGGUGAGGGAGGGGGCUCCAGGCGUCUGGAGGCCUCCGUGGCGGACCCCGGCGCCCCAGUCGUUGGCAUUCUGGGCACGGGCGACUUCUCCCGCUCACUGGCAAGAAGGCUGGUCGCCUCCGGGUACCAAGUGGUGGUGGGGAGUCGGACCCCGAAACGCUCCGUGGCUCUGUUCCCUGAAGAGGCUGAGGUGACGUCCCAGAUGGAGGCAGCCAGCCAGGCAGACCUGGUCUUCGUUGCUGUGUUCCCUGAGCACCACUCCACGCUGGUGGAGCUGAAGCCAACACUAGCUGGAAAGACACUGGUGGAUGUUAGCAAUGGCUUGAGAAUCAACCUAGACGGGCCUUCGAAUGCCGAACAGCUGGCCGACCUGUUUCCAGAGAGUUCUGUAGUCAAAGGGUUUAACACCAUAUCAGCCUGGACGCUCCAGAUGGGACCUCGAGAUGGAAGCAGGCAGGUUUUCCUGUGCAGUGACAGUAGCAAGGCCAAGAGCUCCGUGAUUCAGCUCUGUCGUAGAAUGGGCUUCAUCCCCGUCGAUAUGGGCCUCCUCUCCUCUUCACUGGAGAUCGAAAACAUCCCCCUUUAUCUAUUUCCCUCUUGGCGUGUCCCAGUCCUCUGCACCCUGUCCCUCUUCGUCUUCUUCUACCUGUACAACUUCACCCGUGACGUCCUGCAGCCGUACAUCACAGCAGGGAAGAGCGUUUUCUACAAAAUGCCCAUUGAGAUUGUUAAUGUCACUCUUCCCUCCGUGGCCUUGGUGAUGUUUUCGCUGGUCUACCUGCCUGGUUUGUUGGCCGCUUUCCUCCAGCUGUGGUGGGGCACCAAGUACAGCCGCUUCCCCAAUUGGCUGGACGGAUGGCUGACCAGGAGGAAGCAGUUUGGGCUGUGUAGCUUCCUGUGUGCGGCUCUGCAUGCCGUCUACAGUCUGUGUCUUCCCAUGAGGAAGUCUGCCCGCUACAAGCUACUCAACAUCGCUUUUAAACAGGUGAAGACGGGCGUGGAGGACUCGUGGGUGGACGAGGAGGUGUGGAGGAUGGAGCUGUACCUCUCAGUGGGCAUCAUGGCCCUCGGAUUGCUCUCUCUGCUGGCCGUCACCUCGCUGCCCUCAGUGGCCAACACUGUCAACUGGAGGGAGUUCAGCUUCAUACAGUCCUCACUCGGUUACUGUGCCUUGUUCAUGGCCACCGUCCACACCCUCCUCUUUGGCUGGAACCGCGCCUUUGAUCCGGCCCAGUACCGCUUCCACCUGCCUCCCACCUUCGUACUGGUCCUGAUCCCCGCACUCGCCGUCCUGCUGGGCCGCCUGGCCCUCUUCGUGCCCUGCGUGGCCGGGCGGCUCAGGCAGAUCCGCCGCGGCUGGGAGAAGAGCCGACACAUCCGCUUCACCCUGCCGGAGGACGGCUGCCGCAAUGGGCUGGAGGAUGUCAGCCACGUGUGAGAGGCGCGCUGGUAACGUGUGUGUGUGUGUGUGAAGAUCCAGACAAGAAGGUGUAUCUCUUCAUGUGUGCACUCAUGAAUAUAAACACCAGUCAACCACACUCGCACAGAAGAUAAAUGAUUUAUACACUCUUGGAAUGUAUUCAUGGCUCAUCUCUAAUGUUCAUUGAGAGAUUUCGAGUUUCUUUUCAGCAAAUUAGCUGGUAGUUCCUCAGAGAUAUUUGCCCAGUAGAGCUGUGGUCUUAACCUGAUUGCACUAUGCAUUGUCAGUAAGAAGUAUUUAGUUGGUCAUUUUGCUUUUUCCUUUAAUUUAUUGUUCUGUGUUGUUUCUCUGUUAUUAUAAGCCUCAACCCAGAACUGAACAAGAUGAGCUUCUGGUGUAAUUUAUGAAAAACUGUCACUGUUACAUUUCUAAUGAACCUGCUGAACACUAUCAGACUAUAACUGAAGUCUUUGUCUUUAAAAUAUGACUUUGCCUCUCUGAUGGUCAGAAGGAGACUCGCCUUCCUCUCGACUCGUGCGUUCCUGUCAGUGAUAGGUUCUCGUUUUUUUUUUUUUUUCCUCUGCUCGCACUUCAAGACCGCUGCACAGGUUUGUCAGCCAGCCUUCAGCACAGCCUGUCAUCAUGCUAGCUUUAAAACUGAUUGUUCAUACAUGUCAUGAGGUUUUCACUGAUGCAACAUCAGUGUUUCACCUUGUUUUGGCAUUUUAUUUUGCAGCACUUUGGACGUUCAGACUAGUGGUGCAGGAAGGGUGAACCUAUGUUUCUCCAUUUGAAAAAGCUUAACUAUCAGUAGGCUCCCAUUUUACACAUGAGGGAAUUUGUUUUAACGUGAAAAGUGACAUGCAAUGAAAGCAUCUACAGUUAACUCUGGACGAUUAAGGCUGUGAGUUCAUGGACUGAAAACGCUCAUCCAGAACUGAUCAAAACGCCCCCUUUUUGAAACAAACAAAAUAAAUCUUCAACUAUUUUGAACUCAUUUUUAGAUAAAACAUCUCUCAGGUCAGGUCAAGUCUAACUUAACACACCCUCCCAAACAGGUCAGACUACCCCCCCAUCUGCCCUUUUUCCAACAAGCAUUCAUUAUUUUAAUUAUGAAGUUGUUUCUGAAUUGUUGCUGCUAGGCGUUGGUUUGCAUUUUCUAGUACAAACAACUACUUGAAGAAUUUAAGAAAACUGCCACUGGCAUGUUUUUUUUUUCUUUGUUUUUUUUUAACAUGGUUACAAUACUUUUUUUUUUGUAUUGUAUUAAACAGACCUGCCGAUCAAUCAUUACACAUUUGACUCAAACUACAUCACACAGCUCCGCGACAGAACUCCUUUUGAUUGUUUUGGUCGGGUUGUUUUGUUAAGUUGUGAGUUUGUUUUUUCUUACUCUUGUGUUUCUGCCAAAGAUGAUUCCCCAUCGCAUGAUAGAUGGAUGUGUUCUGGAUCUUAAUUAAAAUGCCAUUGUACGGAAAGUCUCCUUCCACAGAACCAUUAAUGUAUUGAUUUCAGAUGGAAAUUUCAUAGAAUAAAGCUUUUUUUCUACA